GCUGGACAUAAAUAUGGCUGGAAAUUGAACGUCUGUUUAGAGCUACAACGAAAUUUAUGGAGACUUCACCGAUAAUGAUGUCUGAAACAAGCAUUAAGACAGAGUUGGAUGAAAGUGGCAGCUACGACAGUUUUGAUGAGCAGAGCUUUGAACGCCCUGCAGAAAGAUGGGCUCCACUUGGGGCAGCCGUCAGCCCCACCCCCUCUCCAGCAGAACACAGCCAUGUUGGUGAGAUGGAUCGGAUGCAGGCGUUGGAGGAGGAGCAGGAACAACUGAACUCGUCCCUCCUGGCUCUGACCACUCACUUCGCACAGGUCCAGUUCCGACUCAAGCAGAUCGUCAGCUCCUCACCGGAAGACAAGGAGACUCUUCUUCUGGAACUUGAGGAGUUUGCCUUCAAGGGCAUCCCUGAUGUACGGGGCUGUCAUGUUCAAGACGCACAGCUGCUAGAGGAAAUGAGUGAAAGAGAGCACGAGUCCAAGAUAGCCGAACAGAGAGAGAAGCAGCGAGAACUGAUCCAUCAACUCAAGUCACAGCUGGUAGAUCUGGAGACAUACGCAUAUGAGACUGGGGAUGCUGAACUACCAACAAAUCAGGUAAUGGAGAAGCAGAAGGUCGUGAUUGAUGAACUGCGACACAAACUUGACCUUGACCUCAAGAACUUUGAUGUUCUGAGUACAGAUGAGCUACGUCAAGUUGUGGAUCAUGCCAUUGGUCAGAUUGUCAACCCAGCUAAAGUGAAAGAGAAACUUGUGGAUCAGCUGAAAACACAAAUCGGUGAUCUGGAACGCUUUAUCGACUUUCUACAAGGUGAAGCAACCUCUCCAGGGCCUCUUGGUGAGAAGAGAUGUGUGUGUACUGUGCAUUCAAAGGAUAGCCCAGGGGAAGUAGUCAGCAGUACUAGAGAUGGCCACACAGCAAACUGCAGGGAGCGAAACAGAAAGGACAAAGAAUCAAAAACCUUGAACGAAUCGACAAUCCAGAUGAUGAAGAAAACACUGGCGAUAAUACAAAUCUACAUAAUCAGUCAUCUUGGGUGUGGCAGUCGUGAGUUCAAACGCAACAUCUUGAAGAAAACAAGUAAAGGAAAUCACUGGGGGGACUUGAGAGCAAAGCUGGAAGUCGCCAUUAACAAAACACUGGAGGUGGCAGCUGUGGAGGCUGAACAGAAAGAUGAGGAAACUACAACAGACACAGAUGACUACUCAUCUGAUUCAGAGGAGAUCCCGCACAACAGCCCUGCCUUAACUCAGUGUGUUCGCAAAAACCUGGCCAUGGCAAUCAGAGAUCUGGUACAGCAUGGACUAAUGGAGGUAGGUCAGAGUACAUCAGUCAUUCCACUGGGAUGUUUUCCGAGUCGAUCUGCACAGACCACGAAGAUGCUUCACGCUUGGGACCUUAUGCUCAAGUAUUAUGACAUGAAGCAUGGUCGGGAGUAUAAUGAAUCACCAGCCAGAAAGCUAUCGCAGUCGUUUCACCUGGACAUUGUUGGCGGUCGCCCCAUCACAGCUAAACAGACUUUGCUAGGUGCUAUCGACACCGUCAUCUCCAGCCACACCCCUCUCAAGAGAAGUGAAGACUCGCACUUCAAGGCUCUCAUAUGUCUGGCUCUCAAUGAGAAGAAAUUGGUUACAUGGUUGAGAUUGUUGUUUAGAACACAGUAUCUGAUUGACACCUAUUACCAAGACUGGAGUUACGUGGCUCGCACAGGUUUUGAGGAUGCACUGCGAUCUCUGGACAAACUGAACACGAUAAACUUCCGACUGCCCAGUGAUCUGGCGGUCAGAACGUUCAGCAACAUCCGGGAUGCGUUUUGAUUUCUUUAAUAUCAAAGAACCCAUUAUCAAAAUAAAGACUGUUCCAGGAUUGAUCACAUGAUGGGGUGGUGGUGAAAAAAGACAAUUGUUUUCCAGGGAUUAAAAUAAUACAUAGAAGUUCAAAAGUCAAAAGUCCCAAGGAUAAAUCAGAUAAGUCCAGUUACAAGUGACAUAUAAUUGACACUUUUUUUUCUAGUAUAGGUGCCUAUUCAAAAAUGUGGUUGCCAUUUGUGAUAAGGCAACCACUUAUUUAACCUCUGGUUUUUAAAUACCCUCCACCAGAGUGAAAAAAAAGUUAGUUUUAUUGGAUUAAAAUCCAGCAGCUUUAACACACAAUUCCAAAAUAUUUGUAUGCCCAAAUUUCAAAGCAUCUUUCCACCCAAAUUUGAAAAGCCUACUGCCAAAAUGUCAAAGCAUCUUUGCCAUCAAAAUUUCAAUCUUUCUAACCCCAAGUGAUCAUUUUUGGAACAGCCCCUUUAACUUGUAACAAUUGCAUGAAUAAUGUUUGACUUAUUUAAGUGUAAAAUACUAAUGUUAAUUUUACAUAUGUCUAGUGACAGUCAUUAGAGAUGCUUUAAAUAUGGAUUUUUAAAAAUCUGUAUAGAUUGGCAAUACAUUGUGAUGUUCACAAAACAGAAGACAUUGCUUUUUAAUGUAAAUAAACAUUUCUGGUUAAUGUAAAACGGAAGACAAUACUUUUAAUGUGGAUAAAAAAAAUUGGUUAAUGUAAAUAAUACUUUGUGUGUAGUAUGAGUGUAAAACAGAAGUUGCUUUUAAAUGUAGAUAAAAUUUCUGGUUUAUGUACUAGUAAAACAAAUUGAGACAUCUUCAGAUUUAUCCAUUGUAGUCUGUGAUGCAGGCCCCUAGGAAUGUUAUUAUGUCAAGUGGAAGUUGGCACCUGCUGUAGUGGGGCACAAGCAUAUAUUUUUGGUUUAUAUCUAUACACACACACACACACACACAAAUGUGCACAGACACACACACACACAUGUAUAUAUAUAUAUAUAUAUAUAUAUAUGACAGAAAAUUAAGUUUUUUGCUUCAAAUAGGGGGUGGGGCAUAGACCACCUGUGAAGUAAACCAAUGCAAUUGCUUUGUAAAUACAGCAUCCAGUGUUGAAAUAUUAUUAGGUACAGACAUGCUAAUGACUACAGUCAAACCUGUGUUGGGCAACCAAAUGGGAACUUAAGAAAAGUGGAGGAAAUCUGCUUAGGACAGCUGACUGCUUAGAAAAGGUGGCUGUUAAGCAGGUUUCACUGUGCUCUUUUAGUGUAUAUAAAGCCGAUUAAGUCUGCUAUUCUAUGAUUUAUGAUGAAAAACAAAAGUCUUCUAUUAUUUUUUUUGUUGACAAAGGUUUUCUAGUAUAUACCUGACAUGUGCCUUAGGCACUUAUUAUUUAAAAUGAAAAUAGAUGAUGUUGUAAGUACAAUGUUUAGAUAAUGUGUUUAAUGAUAUAUGUAAUGUAAAUGUCCUUUGUUUUGGAUCAGUAUUUUGAAUGCAGUAUAGUAUUGUUUAUUUUCUUUGAUUUUUAACUCGUAUUGAGAAACUUUUGUAUUUUUCUUUUUCUCUCUUCAAAUUAUAGUUUAAUAUUUAGAAAAAAAUAACUUGUUUUUUUCUCUAGUAACCACAGCAUCAUAUCUUACAAAGAGAUGCAACAUUUUUCUAGUUUUAGAGGUUUGUUUAAACAAAAAAAUCAUCUUAGAAAAAGAUAUAAGAUGAUUUAUGACUUGUCAUGUUGAAACAGACAUUUGGUUUUCAGGAAUGUGGACAAUGACCUUGUUUCCUAUGCACCUACUUAUUCAAAGUGUGCAAACCAAUGAUUCCUGUUUGAUGAAACUGGGAAUCAAAUUUUUGUUUCCCAUUCAGCAUUAUGAAAAGUGCAAUUUUUCACCCUUCUGCACUGUUGAAAAAUGAAAGUCUGCUGCAAUCAAGUCUAAAUUGAAGCAGAAAACUCUGGUAUUUAUUUAUAAUGUUUUGAUUUUCAUUACAACACUGUUACAGAAAUGUUAAGAAUAGUUGCAACAGGUAUGACCUUCAUUUAUGUCAUGAUGACACGUUUCUGCCAAAAAAGCCAACAACUUGCUUGCCAAAAAGCAUCUCAGAGUUAAUAAAUCGUAUUUCUGUUAUGGUACACAUUGAAUGAAAUAUUAUAUAAUUUAGUGAUUAUUUUGUUUCUGUGAAUUCUUUUCAGUAUACAUGUACCUAGGAAUUCUUUUCAAUAUAAAUGUACCUAGGAAUUCUUUACAAUGUACAUGUACCUAGGAAUUCUUUACAAUGUACAUGUACCUAGGAAUUCUUUACAAUGUACAUGUACCUAGGAAUUCUUUUCAAUGUACAUGUACCUAGGAAUUCUUUUCAAUGUACAUGUACCUAGGAAUUCUUUUCAAUAUACAUGUACCUAGGAAUUCUUUACAAUGUACAUGUACCUAGGAAUUCUUUUCAAUAUACAUGAACCUAGGAAUUCUUUUCAAUGUACCUAGCUUGUAUUAUGAUCUCUCUUAUUUGUGGUUUUUGUUUACACUGUUUGGCUGUAAGAAUUCCAGUUAACCUUGCAUUCCAUUCCAUUCCAUUAUUUCUGUUAUAUUGUUUACUUUUACUUAUUUCUACCCGUGCAAUUUCACAGUAAUGUAUUAUAAUCUGUUAUUGAUGUUGAUAUAUAAUCUGUUAUUGAUAUUAAGAUACAUGUUGUCUAGCAAUUGUUUUGAGUAUUUCAUUUUAUAUUUAUUUUAAGUUUAUCGUUUUACUUUAAAGACAUCCCUGACGUGAUUGCUUAGCCUGGUAGAUGGUGGAAUGCUAUUAAAUCGAAAAGAUUUCGGAGUGGGAUUUCCCUUUAAAAACAAACAGUUUUCUAUAUGUUUGAAUAGCGAAUAUUUUUAUUCAAUGGAUAAAAUUGUUAUCACUGUAAUAAAGUCAGUGUAGUUAACCGUGAAUGCAGUUUUUAUGUAUCAGCACUGAUUAUAUAGUAGUAUAAGUGGUGUGUGUAUGGCAGGCCUUGAAAUGUGAGGUAGUCAAACCGGUUGGUCACCUGCCUUUUGGCAGAAUGAAAUUUUGAGAGCACAUUUUUUUUUUAUCUCAUUAUUUAAGCGAACUUCAGAAGGUAUUAAUUUUUAAAAGGUUUAUUAUUUAAAAAUAAAUUAUUUUGAAUAAAUAGAAAUAAAAAAUGCAUGUCUGAAUCUACAGUUAAUAUAAAUUUUCCUUGAAAUUUAGGGCCAUAACUACCAUAUAGAGCAGGAAAACAGUUUCAACAUUUUCGGCUGGCUCGUUUUUUUCUGUCCGUCUGCUAAUGUGGCACAAUUUUGAUGUACUAUAUCUAAUAGCAUUUAUUUAUCUUAUAUGAUGAAUUUUUUGUUAAAAUAAUACAUAGUUUGUCAUACUUUUGUCACUAAUGAAUACAUGCAGGUUAUUUAAUUAAUCAUAUAUGUAGUAUUAAUGUUUAUUCAUAUAGUGACAUAAUAACUCUUAUUAAGAGGAAUUGUUAUAUAUUUCCAAGGUUUAUUGACCGAUAUUAAGUUUGUAUAAAGACUACAUUAUAUAUGUGUGAAGUAUUACUGACAACUCUUUCAAGUGCAAUAAUUAUAAGUUAAUAUAUUAUAAUAUUGUUGUUGAGAAUUAAUACAUUUGUUUUGAUCUUUUUGUAAAUAGGUUUCACGAAAGCCGUUAUCAGUUUCAUUGUUGUGUUUGUGUUGUUGAUUUUUGUGUUUUACUCUACAAUCUCUGGAUUAUUCUGUGUGUUAUUCAUUCUGUUGAGACUGACAGGUCCAAAGUGAUACUGACCCCCAAUAUUAUUAUGUUCUUCUUUAUUCCACAUCCUGUACUUUUCAAAUUCAACUUUCUUUUUAUUCCAUAUAUCAUGUUUUACCAUUUUUGUCAUUUUAAAAUGCGUUCUUCUUUUUCAAAAAUAAUAUGUUAUCCACCAAAAAAAAAAAAAAAAAAAAUUUGUUUAAUCACACCUCUCCUGUCGGUGGGCCCAUUGGACUAUUUCUUGUUUGAGCCGUGCACCACGACUAUUAUAUCAAAGGCCAUGGUAUGUGCUACCCUGUCUGGGAUGGUGCAUUAAUAUAGCAGGUUUUUUUCUAUGUCAACAUUUGGGUGAGAGUAUGAGUCAAGAUGAACCCUUUUUUUUUGAUAAGAAUGUUAAAUGAAUUUAGGGGAUGUUUGUGGAACACUGUAUAUUUUCCAUCUUGAAAUUUUAAAUGUAAACUUCGAUGUGUUUGUCCACUGGAUGCACAAAUACUUGAGACCGGUCUAGGCCACCAGAAAGUUUUUUCAACUAUUUUAUUUAUUUUGUUUCAAAUGACUAUUCUAAUUGUAAUAAUCAGCAUAUAUAAUUUUGUAGUAAAUAUUUUGCUACUUUAUUUUUUUGUUAUGUCAAGCUGGUCUUGCGUCUACAAUGUGAAAUUCUAUAUACAUUUAACAAUUGCAUAAUAUUAUGUCUUUUUACAUUAUGAGGUGCGGUAUACAACCCACAACUCCAGUCACCAUCACCACCACUUUUGCAGCCAGCACCUAAGUUUUAUAUGCUUUUAAAUAACACAGAUACUGUUGGAUUUGUUGUUUAAAAAAUAACAGUUUGGAUGUUAAAAUAGAGAUAAAAAUUACCUUUCUCCCAUAAACCACAUUAAAUGUCCCCUGUGUUGAAGUUUUUGUUUUGUUUUCUAAUUUGUUUUUAUUGUGUGCUAUGUAGCAUUUGAUAUACUAGGUAAGCCAUAAUGGUAGUGUCAUUCCAAUUCUGAAAGUGUAGACCAUCACUUUUUUUUUUUUUUUUUUUUAAAUUAUACACAGAUUACUGGAGUAGGCAGUUUCUGGUUUUGAAAGUCUAUAGAAUGAAAUGCAAGAGACAGUUGAAUAACAAGUACUGGGUGGAAUAUGUAAAGAAAAUGGCUCUUUCUAGUCCACAAAUCAAACUAUCAAACGGGUUAAUUGCAAUUUUUUUUUUUUUUUUUUUUUUUAUCCAGACUUCUUUUUUUCUUCUAAAUACUAAUACAUUUUAAAAAGCAGUGCUGAAAGUGUCAUCAAAACAUUAUAUAAAUAAUCACCAAUAUUUAUUAUUAUAUAGGACAAUCUUUCUUUUUUUAUUGUGACCUUAAGUAUUGUGAGCCAGACUUGGUGUUGUGUUAGAUUGUUUUAGUGUGCCAGGUGCAUGUUAAAAGUGUUAGGGAAGUGUCAAGUUGGUCUUUGUUUUGUUUGUCUCUCUGUGUGUUUAUUUAGUUGUCAAUAUUUCCUCUCUGUGACGUGUCCAGACAAUCUGUCUACUGUGUUCGUUCCAUGCUUCAUACUCCAGCACAACUGCAGCAUGUCUGUCAGUAGAAGGCUAUUGAUUGGGUAAUAAUGUGCAUUAAGCCAGACGUAAAAUAUUUUAAAAUACCUGACCCAUUUUUUGUUUUCUGUCUUCAGUUUUUCUUUCUUUGAAACAAUUUUUUUUUUUUUUUUUUUUUUCCACAAUAAAAUAAAAUAAAAUACCGACUUACUGGUAACCCCCCACCCCCCACCUUUUUAUUUAUUUAUUUUUGUUUUGUUUAUUUAUUAUUUAUUUAUUCUGUCUGUCCAUGUAUUGUUACUAUCUAUCUUGAGGAUGGCUUUUAUGGAAUAUAUUCAUUAGAAAUCAGUUAUCUCUUAUACUGACAACAGUUAUUUGUAAAUAUGAGUUCACAAUGACAUUGAUAUAAAUGUGCUGUAUUACAAAAUUAACUUGUUUUACUUAGAAACAUUUGUUGUGUUUAUUGUUAAAACUGAUAUAUUUAGUGGUAGUUAUUUCAUUGAAUAUUCUAAUUUCAUUAAUCGUUUUUAAAAUUUACUUUUAAAUUCAUUUUGUUUUGUUGACCAUUCCUUUAUUUGACACCAGUACACGUAAAUUAACAUCUUGUUUCUUUUAUGCUCAAGUGUUGUAUUAAGCAGUGUUCUCAUAUUUUGCAGGAAAUUGUAAAUACAUGUGUAUAUACAUAUUUGCAAAGAAUAAAGAAAAUAUGAAUGUAAAAAA